AUGUCAGGCGUUAAGAACCUCCGGGCCAUGUUCGAGCAAAAAGCCGACUCGAGCCCCCCGGAUCGGGGAAGGUCCCCUGGCCUCUCCUCCAACGGCACCGAAACCCCCCCUCCGUCAUUCACCCGCCCACUCUCCAAGAUUCGAACGAGCUUUGUUGCCGUCGAAAAGGACGGCAGAGUAGGCCUCCGCCGAGAUCCCAGUAACGAGUCGAGUGUGUCCCAGCGAAGGCUCAGCAGCCACACCGAGGGAGAGGCAUCCGUGUCUGGCCUCUCUGAUAAGACAAUGGCCACCGAGGAUACUUCUGGGGGCUACAAAACAAAUAUUGUCGGCAGCCCCAUUCCCGAGUCUCCUCGCCGCCCCGACGCGGACAAGCCGACAAAUGGAGCCUCGCCUCGUAACUUGGGUGCCCUGAACAACCACCCGAGCCACAACCCCGAUAAACACGUAGACAUCGAAACGCCUACACCAGAGCUGCUCCCAGGCGACCCGACGCAGACGUCGUCCGACCACAGCAAUUCCAAUGGCACCGCUGCUACAAAGAACUCGGCAAAGACCACAGCUAAACCCCCUGCCAGACUGGCACCUCCCGCUACCAUCACGAGAGCAAAGACGCCGCUUAGGUCCCCAGUCACGGCCAAAGCCCCCACCACGGGAGCUGCAGGCUCCAAGCCGAGCGCCCCUAAGGCGCCGCACGAUACCUCAAAGAAGCCGGCCGAGAAGAUGGCGACUUCGACACCCAAGUCAGGCGCGAAAUCGGCAGGCACCAAGAAACCUACCCCCGUGCAGGUUUCUCCCUCCAGCGGCGUUGGCUUCGUCAAGCCCAAGGUCAAGUCGCCCACCAAGCCCGUGAAGCUGCCUGCUUCGCUGAUGGCCCCGACUGCCGCCUCAGUGCAGAGAGUCAAGGAGGCUCCUCGUGAGUCUCUCUCGCGUGCCUCUGGCAACCAGGGUCGCCCGGCUAGCAGAGCGAGCGCGCCCGGUGCUGCGGCACCACCCAAGACUCUGAAGCGCCAGAACUCAGUCAUCAACCGGCCCCGGCCCAGCAUUGGCCCACCGCCAAAGAAGCCCCUCCAGGACCACCCCAUCACCAAGAAGGAGAAGGAGGUUGACGAGGGCUUCCUGGCUCGCAUGAUGCGACCCACGGCGAGCUCGUCUUCGAAGCUUUCGGAGAAGGCUCCCGUUACCCCUCCUAGAAGCAGGAGUGCAAAGCCCAGCAGUGCCAAGAAGGCUUCUGCUUCAAGGAGCCCCAAGAGAGCGCUCUCUAGGCCGGCAGCGGUGCGAGCGGGAAGCCGCACAGGCAGCCCUUUCGCCAACAAGAAGGAGGCUCCCGUCAAGAAGGUCGUUGAGACCGCAGAGGCCGAGGCCAUCGCCGAGGCACCGAGAACCCCAGAGGCAAAAGCACCGGCCACACCAGAACCCAUUAUCGAGGAGACUGCGGCUGAAGCUAGCCCAGUUAAGGAGACUGAGGUUAAGGCCCCUGUCACGGAGAUCGCGGCGCCUGAGCUGGAGGCCGUCACCGAAGAACGUGUUGAGGAGCCUGAGCUCGACGACAUCACGCAGCAGACUGCCACGCUCGACCUCAAGGAGGAAGAGGCCGAGGACCAAGAGCUUAAGAGCCCGGAUGAGUUUGAGGAGCUGCUAGCGGAUGAGAAGGAGGCGGCGGAGGACAAGGUGGAGUCAGCUCCGGCCCCUGUUGAGGCGAACACAGAAGUCAAGACUGAGACUGCAUGA